AUGGAGACUGCAUUCCUCGUCUGGUCGGCCGCUCCCGCCGCGUCCCAGGACAGGCGGGCCGGCGUCUUCCUACCCCACGCUGGCGGCGCCGCCGCCCUGCUCGUCCCCUCCGGCGAGGCCCUCCCCCAGCAGAGCCCACCGGCCCCUCGCCCCGCCAAGGCCAAGAAGAAGCCGUCUGCCCCCAGGAAGCCCCCUCAGCGCGGGCUCGGCGUCGAGCAGCUCGAGCGCCUGCGCCUGCAGGAGCAGUGGCGCAAGAUAACCCACGCGGAGCCGCCGCUGUGCCAGCAGCUACGCCAGCCAGCCCUCUGCGGGCUUUCCCUCGCCACGACGGCGCCACCGGUAGGACACAGCUCGCCGUGGGCCGCCUCCGGCUUGCCCUACCACGUCGCCGCCGCUCGCUACCGGGUGGCCAUGGCGGGCGGCGGCUUCCAGGUGGGCGGCCAUGGCACGCUCGCGGAGUUCCCUUCAAGCCAAAGCUUGCAGUGCUCGGAGCGCUGCGAGCUCUGCGUCAGGGUAAGCAAGAGCUUCUUCCUCUUCUUCUUAUUCUUCCCCGGCGACGGCGUACACAUCAUCUCUUCCAUGCUCUUGUUCUCAGACGAAACGGCUGCUGGGGGAGAAGCUUCGGACGGGGGAAGGAGAUGCCGGUCUGGGAGAGGGGAAGCAUCCCCUCCAUCUCUUUCUCGCCGAUCGCAUGGAUGAUCAGGUAGCGAACCAGAAGACCUCCCUCUCUCUCUCUCUCUCUCUCUCUCUCUCUCUCUCUCUCUCUCUCUGAUUACUUUCUACAGGGAGGAACGGAGGUGAGGAGGAGGAGAUCGCCGGAGACAGAGCUGAAGGAGCGCAUGUUCUUCCCCUGCAGCUCGAAGCUGGGUGCGGCGACGAGGGCCAUUGAUGAAUCGUCGUCCUCUCCGUCCCUUGCCAUCGGCGGCAACCAGUUGGAUCUUUCCCUCAAGCUCUCCUUCUAG